UCCCCCUUAUUUAUCUCACCUUAAAGCUCGCUUUGACCUCUCUGUCAUUCAGCCUAUCUUCUUCCUCCUCCUUCUCCUUCUUCUUCCCUUUUCGUGUAAUCGAUCUCUUCUUGCUUAUGGGGGAGUUGGGGAGGAGCCCUUCUCGGCUAGAGCUCACCAUCGGAGUCCCUGGUUUCCGCUCUGAAGGAGGCAGCGGCGGCGGCAACUUGAGGGAUUUGGACAUGAACCAGCCAGCUUAUGGGGCAGAGGAGGAGUACCCCAUGGGCAGCAUCGAAGAGGAGGAGGAGGAGGAAAGUGGCACUCCCCGUCCCAAGAAGCUCCGCCUCUCCAAGGACCAGUCCAGGCUCCUGGAAGAAAGCUUCCGGCAGCACCACACCCUGAACCCAGUAUGCACAAAGCAGAAGGAAGCGUUGGCAUUGAAGCUGAAGCUGAGGCCGCGCCAGGUGGAGGUGUGGUUUCAGAACCGCAGGGCCAGGACGAAGCUGAAGCAGACGGAGAUGGAGUGCGAGUACCUGAAGCGCUGCUUCGGGUCCCUGACGGAGGAGAACCGCCGGUUGCAGCGGGAGGUGGAGGAGCUGCGGGCGAUGCGCGUGGCGCCGCCCACCGUGCUCUCCCCGCACACACGCCAGCCGCUGCCGGCGUCGUCCUUGACCAUGUGCCCGCGCUGCGAGCGGGUGACCACCGCCGCUACUGCCGUCGCCGCGCCGCGUGCCAGUGCAGCCACCAUGGCGGCAGCGAUGUCGCCGCCCGCUAUCUCGCCGUUCCGGCGCCCCGCUGCUUGCUGAAGACGAGGCACCCUGAAGUUUGACGGACGAUCGAGUUUAAUUUUGCGUGGGAGAUGUGGAUGCGAAGGCAGUGCGUGAUCAUGUCUGUAAAAAUGUGGUGUUCGUCUCUAUUUACGCAAACAAUUUGGCUCCAUCGGGUUAAAUCUUUUCAUUUAAAAGGAAAAAAUUACAUAUCA